AUGGAGUAUUUGACUAGGACCCUGAAGAAUCUGCAGACCCACUCUACAUUCAAGCAUUACUCUAGAUGUAAGAAGCUGCAGUUAGUCCAACUUAGCUUUGCGGAUGAUCUGUUGUUGUUUAGUAGAGGUGACAUUGAAUCCAUUAAGGCAUUGCUUGAAUGUUUCCAAUUAUUCUCAAAGGCAUCUGGUUUGGUGGCAAACGUGGAAAAAAGUUCCAUUUACUUUGGUGGAGUUAGUAAUGCCGAGCAAUUGCUGAUUAUCCGGGAACUUGGUUUUGCCAAAGGGGAACUGCCUUUUAAGUAUUUGGGAGUGCCUCUGAGCACCAAAAGGACCACUGUUUUUCAAUAUAAACCGUUGGUGGAUAAAAUACUAGAGAGAAUUCAGUCAUGGAUUGCUAGAUUUCUUUCCUACGCUGGAAGAAUUCAGUUGAUCAAGUCUGUGUUAUUCUCUGUGCAAAUCUUCUGGUCUCAGGUAUUUAUACUACCAAAGAAGAUUGUCAAAGUGAUUGAGUCACUAUGCAGGAAAUUCUUGUGGAUUGGAAGUGUUGAGCCUUCAAAAAAGGCUUUAAUAGCUUGGGAAACUCUGUGUCUACCAAAAUCUGCAUGUGGUUUAAAUUUACUUGAUAUCCAAACAUGGAAUAAGGCUGCCAUAAGCAAGAUGCUGUGGAAUUUGUGCAUGAAAAAAGAUAAGAAAUGGAUACAAUGGGUGCAUUCCUACUACAUAAAAGGUGGAAGUGUAUGGGAGACCCAAGCUAAGCAGGCCUCUUGGAUCAUCAGGAAAAUAUUGAAGGCUAAUUUGACUGUGGCAGCUGCUGGGUACGAGGAACAAGACCUGAUACAGAUGCAGCAAUACUCCAUCAAAACCAUGUAUUUGAAGCUGCGAGGUGUCUAUGCAAAGGUGCACUGGAGAAGGUUAGUAUGUAAUAACUUAGGCGCCCCAAAGUGGACGUUUAUCCUCUAUUUGGCUAUUUCAAGGAGGCUGCUUACUACAGAUCGUUUGGGUAAAUGGGGAAUGAUAGAAGAUCAGAAGUGUCCUUUAUAUGAUGAUGCCAAUGAAACUACAGAUCAUUUAUUCUUUGGGUGCUCUUACUCGACUGAUGUAUGGAAAAGCUUACUGAUUUGGCAAGGCAUUUCAAGAAGUCUUAUGGAGUGGAAUGAAGAAAUUGACUGGGCUGUGACAAAUGCUAGAGGACGAGCUGCUGGUUCUAUUUUGUGUAGGAUGAUUCUGGCAUGUGGAGUGUACUGUAUUUGGGCUGAACGAAAUCUUAGAGUUUUUCAAACAAAAACUAGGCCGGCUAGAGAUGUUAUUCGACAGGUAAUCCAGGAUGUGUACUGCAAGGCUUAUAUGAAGAGUAGCUUACAUAAAAAGUUGAGUCAGUUGGACUUUUAUCCUCAUUAG